AUGGCUGAUGGAUUACUGAAGGAUGAACAGUUUCUGAGGAUUCAGAAACUGAAUUCUACCGAUGGCAAGCGCCGCUCCAUAAUGCUGGACGACGUCAGUGACGGUGGGAAUCUUCAAGAAUUCUCUGAAAACAGCUCUUACGACGCACCGGAACAUGAAGAGACGGUCACAGAGAUAACGGUAAACGCUGACGAAGAUGGCAAUUUGCCCAACAUCAAGGUGGUCCCGCAAGGUGAUUUGGGUAAGGAUAGUAUACAAGAGAAGGUGCAAAGUAGCACGGCAAAAGAAGAUUUUGAUGUUGCUGAUGGGGACUCGGCAGACGAUGGCGGAGAAAGUAAGGGUAAGGCGGCCGAUAAUUCUCAGUUGGAUGAUGGCAGCUUCACUGUACAUCUGAAAAAGUUGCAUACGAAGGAGAAACUAAGGUUUCGGAGAGACUCUAACCAGAAGGUUUCCUUCUUUGGGGAUGUUGCAUUCGAUUCUCGUCCAAGUAUUCUAGAUGGAUCCAUAGACCAAAAGAUUCGGAGCAGUUUUGAAGGACCAACUCUGGAAAAACAGAUUAGAGCAGCUAAGUUGAUGCGCAGAAAUCUGAAGGUCAACAGUGAGGAUAAGAUUGUUAUAGAAGCAGACUCUCUAAACCCAAACUUCUCAGGUUUAUAUGUCUUAUUUUGGUUAACUGUUGCGUUAACAUGCGCGAAGGUUUGCAUCAACUAUUAUUUGGAGCAUAAUGGUAAUUUAUGGGAAUCUGAGAUUUUAAAAUUCAUGACGAGUGACCUUUUAACUGUUGCUUUAGUGGAUCUUGUCAUGUAUUUGAACACCUAUUUCGUUUUAAUCAUCCAUUUUCUGUGCAAAAGAAAGUAUAUGAAGUGGGAUAAUACUGGCUUUGUUUUAGUCUCCAUAUAUGAACUAGCAUUUGUCAGCUUUUACAUGUACCUAACUGAAAAUAUUUUAAAAUUGCAUUGGGUUGCCAAAAUUUUCCUUUUCUUACAUUCUUUGGUUCUAUUGAUGAAAAUGCAUUCAUUCGCAUUUUACAAUGGCUACUUAUGGGGAAUUCUUGAUGAACUGAAUUUUUCAAAGAAUGCCCUAGCUAAAGCAAAGGACAAUGAUAAUACCGAUCCGCAGAUUAUUGCAACUCUAGAAAGGAGUAAAGGGUUUUGUGCUUUUGAGCUUGAAUCCCAAUCCAAAAAGGUACCAUUCCCUGAGAAUAUAAAUUUGAAAAAUUUCUUCACAUAUUCUAUGUUCCCAACACUGGUUUAUCAAAUUGAAUAUCCGAGAACCGAAAGAAUUAGAUGGGGAUACGUUCUUGAGAAACUUUGUGCAAUUUUUGGUAUUAUUUUUGUUAUGAUGGUUCUAGCUCAAACUUACAUGUAUCCCCUUGCUAUUAAGGCAUUGGAGAUUCGUGAUUCACAAUGGACUACUUUGGCUGAUAGAUUGAAAAAAUGGAGUUUCAUUUUAGUGGAUUACAUUCCAAGUUUUAUCGCAAUGUACCUAUUAACUUUUUAUUUGAUUUGGGAUGCUAUUUUAAACUGUAUUGCCGAGUUGACGCGAUUUGGCGAUAGAUACUUUUAUGGUGAUUGGUGGAAUUGUGUUUCUUGGGAUGAAUUUAGCCGUAUAUGGAAUGUCCCAGUCCAUAAAUUUUUACUGAGACACGUAUACCAUAGUUCCAUGAGUGCUCUGAAAUUGAAUAAAAACCAAGCAACUUUGGUUACUUUUUUCCUCAGCGCUGUGGUGCAUGAAUUGGCCAUGUAUGUCUUAUUCAAGAGAUUGAGAAGUUACUUAUUCUUUUUCCAAAUGGGCCAGUUGCCAUUAGUCGCCUUGAGCAAUUCAAGAUUUCUAAAGAAAAGAACCAUCAUAGGUAAUGUGAUUUUCUGGAUUGGUAUCUGCACCGGACCAAGUGUUUUGUGCACUCUCUAUUUGACAAUUUAG